AUGAAAAAACGGGUAUUGCUUUUCGAUAUCGAUGGAACUCUUACAACCACUGUCUAUAACACAACCGCCGGAGAUGUGCACCAGCAACUUAUGUCUAAAACUUACAAUGUUCCAAUCGACAAGAAAGGCGUCGUCUAUUCCGGAAGCACGGAUCGUCUUAUCUGGAAGAAUCUCCUCAACGCAAACGGGAUCGAGUACAACGACAGCGCGGAAGAAAUUGAGAAAAUCAUGAAAGUUUACCGAGAAUUGAUCCAUGAUGGAAUCAGAGAAAAUUGGUGGCGGUGGAAAAUACUGCCAAAUGUUAAUGAAUUGCUGGAGAGAUGCAGCAAGGAAGGGGAUUUCAUUCUAGCGCUGCUGACAGGAAAUAUGAUUGAAACGGCAGAAGUAAAGCUGACAAACGCGGGAGUGAAUGUCGAAGUUUUCAAAGAUGAAAAUGGAGUUCUUCGCGGCGGAUUCGGGUCUGAUGAUAUGGACAGAGCGACAAUCGUAGCAAAAGCGUUGAAAAAACUACGUACAGAAUUUGGCGAGCUGGAUGAAUCCCAAUUUCUGAUCAUAGGAGAUACGCCCAAAGAUGUAAAAUGCGCGCAUGACAAUGAUUUCGCGGCUCUUGCCGUCGCUACUGGCAUUUAUGAUGCGAAAUCCUUGGGUCAAUGCGCUUGUGGAGUGAUAGAAGACUUUUCCGAGAUUGAAAAGACAAUUCUAGCGCUGAAAGAAACAACUUUACGCGGAGACUACAAGUCUGUGAGCUAUCAACUGACCGUCAAAUCUGCUGCUGAUCCUUAA